AUGCAUUUCAUUUAUUUCUUCUUCGUCUUCCAAUUGAGCAGUAUUCAAACUACCGCAGCGCAAACGGAUCAAACAGAACCGUUGGACUUGUCAAUAUCAAAAGUGAGGGAUGAAGGGGAUGGAUCACGAGGCGUAUCAGUGGAAAAAGGAAAUGAUGAAGAAAUUGGAUUGCAAGUAUUUCAAACAAAACCCUUAGAUUUAUCAGUUCCAAAACUGAAAGAGGAAGGGAAUAAAUCACAAGGCUUAUCAAUGGAUGGAGUGAGUGGUGAACGAAUUAAACCGCGAUGGCUCGUUCCAAUGAAAACUUUAGUAGAAGUAAUGGAGCAAGAAAGAAAAACGAAAAAAAAGCAACGUUGUAAUAUAUGUCGGAAGGAGGUAAGAAACAUGAAAAUACAUAUGAUGACUCAUACCGGGGAGAAGCCAUACAGUUGUCCAAUAUGCAAAAAGGAUUUUGCUCAGUUUGCGCAUAUGAAAGAACAUGUAAUGACUCAUACUGGUGAGAAACCGCACAGUUGUCCGAUAUGCAAAAAGAAUUUCACUCGGUUCAGGGAUAUGAAAGGACAUAUGAUGAUUCAUACCGGUGAGAAACUGAACAGUUGUUCGAUAUGCGAAAAGAAUUUCACUCGGUUUGGAACUCUGAAACAACAUAUGAUGACUCAUACUGGGGAGAAGCCAUACAGUUGUCCAAUAUGCAAGAAGAAUUUUGCUCAGUUUGCGCAUAUGAAAGAACAUGCAAUGACUCAUACUGGUGAGAAACCGCACAGUUGUCCGAUAUGCAAAAAGAAUUUCACUCGGUUCAGGGAUAUGAAAGGACAUAUGAUGAUUCAUACCGGUGAGAAGCCGUAUAGUUGUUCGAUAUGCAAAAAGAAUUUCACUCGGUUCAGGGAUAUGAAAGGACAUAUGAUGAUUCAUACCGGUGAGAAGCCGUAUAGUUGUUCGAUAUGCAAAAAGAAUUUCACUUAUUCCGGUAGUGUGAAAAGACAUGUGAUAAUUCAUGCCGGUGAGAAGCCGUAUAGUUGUUCGAUGGCAUCAGAUAGUAACUCAUGA